AUGUACGACAGUUUGAGGGAUAAUUCGGGUCUUUCGGCUGCUUCAAUUCGCGAUGACAAUGUCAUUAUUGGUGUUAUUGAUAGAGGAAUCUGGACAGGACAUCCAAGUUUCAAUGACUCCAUGCUAACACCAGCACCAGAAAGGUGGAAAGGUAUUUGCAAGUCCGGACCCAAUUUCCCAGAAUCCUCUUGCAACAGAAAGAUAAUCGGUGCUCGUGCUUUCUGGAACGGGCACCGAGCCAAACUUGAAGGUAUAGCUGUUUCUACAAACGCGGUUGGACAAGCCAAGGGAGUAGUGAAUAGAGCAAGAAUUGUAGUUUACAAGGUAUGCUGGAAUACGGGUUUCCCUGAGUCAGAUAUUCUCGUUGCUAUGGAUCAAGCUGUAGCAGAUGGAGUUGAUAUCAUUUCUUGA